AUGCGAGGGGCUGGCCUUUUGGUGGCGGCCGGCUGCGCGCUUGUAUUCCUCCUCCUUUCGGGCCAGGUUGGACCGGCCGAGGCCACCCGCGACACUUGGGACGACAACUUUCGCGACAAUUUGUAUUUUAUCGAUAGAUUUGCGUUCAAGGAAGAUGGCACCUGGAAUGUGCAAAUCGAUCCCCUUCAAAAGGGCGCUCUCUUGCGCCUGCUCGUGUGUAACGAUGACGACUAUGGCGACAUGAUUGACGGCUACUCUACUUCGGAUGGGAAAGACGUGUGCAACAAGAUUGCGCAAAACAAGUCGAAGUGCGCCGUGCACCAGUUCAAGGGCUUUGCCAACAUGACCGGCGUUGCCAAAACUCGCGACAUGUACUGGUUCGUGCUCGUCAACUGCAACCAAACCAAACUUAACGUUGAGUUUUACGAAGUGUUCUUGAACCCCGGUGGUGAAUACCUCGGCUGGGAUACGAUCCCACUGCCCUACAUCUACGGCAUUUUGAUCAUCGUCUACGCCGUGCUGCUUCUGGCGUGGCUGGGCAACAUCGUGUUCAUUGACAAGGGAGCCGGCUCCAAUCGCUUGCACAAGUACAUAUCGCUCUGGCCGAUUAUGAAGCUGUGGCUUGUGAUUUUCAAUACCGCAUACUGGGGCUACAUCUCUGAAAGGGGAGUGAUGACCUGGGGCAUAGAUGUGAUCUACGUCAUCUACAACUCGCUCUGGUACUCGUACUUCUUCGGCGGUCUCCUGUUGGUCGGCCUGGCGUGGGGGAUCAGCCGAAAGGGCAUGGGCUGGUUUGAAGCCUUGAUCUUCUGUGCGGUGCAGAUCGUCUUCUACAUCACUUGGGUCAUCAACUUUGCCCUUGAAGGAUACUAUGCGGUUGUUUCGAUCUUCGGCCUUGGGUGCAUGUUGAUCGUCAUCUUCUUCUUCACGAGCUUCAGCAUCAAGAACGUAAACAAAGCAAUCCAGAACAGCCAGUCGGUCGGGCCUGCUCAGGCAUCAUCCAGCGCUGGUGGCUUGGUGUGGGCACUGCUCUACGCGGGUCUGUUCCACUACCACACGUGGGCCUACCGUAUGCUCAACGAGGCCAGUGAGCUCGCUCUCGUGAUUAUGCUGGGGAGGAACCUCUACUUUGAAUUCAACGAUGACGCGCUGGGCACCUGCGGCAGGCCGCAGCACGCGGCUGGCAUCGAGAUGGACACGCUGCCCGACCGCGAGAGAUCCAACGCCUCCACCUUCCACAACCCCGAGCGCAACGAGUUCGAUGCGUCCGACGACGAGCUGCCCGUCAUGACCUACCCCAUGGCUUCCGAGAGCAGAGCAGACCGUUUCCCCGAGGACGACCUGCCGGUCAUGACCUUCCCCAUCCCGCACGCCCAAAGCGAGAGCGAGAGGAAAGGCUGGUGA